CGCUGCGUGUCCAGACUAUGGUCCAGUCCGAACAGCGCAGCCACAAUGACGGACACGGGGAGAAAGCUGCGGAUUGUAAAGAUGUUAAAGAUCCUCCUGAGCUGCGGCGCGUUGACUCUCGUGGCGUUACUCACGGCCGCGUCGUUACGCACGACGUUUAUGGACGUCAGCGCCGGACUCGAGCGCGUCCCGUGGGACAAAACCUGCAACAUUUCAUUUGAUAUAGACCCGGACCAGAGACAGCAGCUCCUCGAGAACUUCAAAGAGGCGAUCCGGAUCCGCACUGUGUCGUUCUCCCGCGCGGACCUCAACACAUCGGCCCUGCGCCACUUUGACAGUUUCCUUCAUAAAGCAUUUCCUACCGUCUUCUCUUCGAGCCAAGUCAAACAUGAGCUGGUGGCGAACUACAGUCACCUGUUUUGGGUUCAAGGGUCACGUCCUGAGCUGGAGCCGUACCUGCUCUUGGCUCAUAUCGAUGUUGUUCCAGCCUCAGAGUCAGAUGCCUGGGACCUCCCACCAUUUUCUGCAGAAGAAAAAGAUGGUUUCAUAUAUGGACGAGGGACAGUGGACGACAAGAGCCCACUCAUGGGAAUGCUGCAGGCGUUGGAGUUCUUACUGCUGAAAGGCUACACCCCACAGAGAGGAUUUUACAUCGGCCUCGGACAUGAUGAGGAGGUUAUGGGAAAUGAUGGAGCCUUGAAUAUAGUGCGAGUGUUGAAAGCGCGUGGGGUCAAGUUUCUGUUUAUCCUGGACGAGGGAUCGGUCAUAAUGGACGGAAUCCUUCAGGGUCUCGAUGGAGCUGCCGCUAUAAUUGCUACAACUGAAAAAGGGUCAGCAUCAUUAAAGCUGAGUGUGUCGAUGCCACCGAGCCAUUCGUCGAUGCCUCCCAGAGAAACCACCAUUGGCAUACUGGCAUCAGCGGUGAAAAGAUUGGAGGACAACCCGAUGAAGCGUUUGUUCGGUCAGGGCCCUGAGAGUGGAAUGUUGGAACAUCUCGCCCAUAAGUUCAGGUUCCCUUUGAAUUUUAUCAUGUCAAAUCUGUGGCUGUUUUCACCUUUAAUCGCCAGAGUCAUGGAAAGAAAUGAGACGACAAACGCGUUGGUGAGGACGACGACCGCGGUCACCAUGUUUAAUGCAGGAGUGAAGCAUAAUGUGAUCGCUUCAUACGCAGAAGCUUUUGUGAACUUAAGAAUCCACUCAGCGCAUUCACUCAAAGAGGUUUUGGAGUUUGUGGAGUCCACCAUCGGGGACCCGCGUGUGAAAAUCGAUAUCGUUGAGGGGUUUGACCCACUGCCCAUCAGCCCCUACGACGAAACGGCUUUUGGAUAUCAGCUCAUUAAGAAAACGCUCCUGGAUUUGUAUCCAUCUGUGACUGUGGUUCCAGGGCUCUGCAUUGCAAACACUGACAGCCGCCAUUUUAAAGACCUGAGCGGCGCCAUCUAUCGCUUUGCUCCUCUUUGGUUUAAACCCGGCGAUGCUCAAAGAAUCCACGGCAUCAAUGAAAGGAUUUCCAAAGAAAACUACGAGGGCCUUGUACGAUUUUUCUUCACACUUCUCCAAAACUGUGACAUAAAGAAACUUCCAGCCUCACACAGCUCUGUGCAUGAGCUUUAAUGUCAAAUAAAAGGGCUUGAAUGUGAUUUAUUCUGUUUAUAUUAAACAG